AUGAAUUAAGUAAAUUAAGUCCUUCAAAAACCUUAAAUGUACUAUUAUAUUAUUAUCUUAGUGAUAAAAAGAUCUUUGAUACUACAAGUUAUGCACUUCCAAAAAGUGAUUAAAUUAUGACUAGAUUAUAAGAGAAUUUCUCAAAAUUUGGUGCUACUUAUUCUUAAUUCACAAUUGCUAUUGUUGUUUUAGGAGGAUUAACAAAUUUUUCAUUCUUAAUUAGUGUAGGAUUGAGCAUUGCAUUGUACAAAAUUAUAUAUUAUUAUUAGUUGGUAUGCUGCUUUGAAAAAUGAUGAAGUAUUAGAUUAUAUUCCCAAUUUUGGUUAUCUAACAACUGAUAAAAAAAAGGUUCUAUUGUUUUUAUGUAAUAUUCUUACAUAAUUUAGUGAAUGUUCUUGUUUUGUAUAUUUUUUGUGGAGAUUCCAUAUUCACUUAUAUAGGGGUUGGGUAAGAAUAUAAUAUUGAAUUAGUUUCCUUAUAUCAUUUCUACACUCAUUUUUGUUUGUAUCACCAUCUACAGGAGCAUUAAUUGAUGGCUAAUCUCAUCAACAAACAAAUUAGGAUCUAUCCCAAUAUGCUAAUUUCAGUAAUAAUAACAAUAUUGAAUUAUAAUAUAAAUGA